UGUCACUUUUAUUGAUUUUCUAAUCAUAACUAUGUGUUAAUAAGACUUAUGAUUUAAAAAAAAAUAGGUAGUGUUAAAGAGUUUUGGUAUUAAUUAAACAUGGAUCUUUUCAUUCUGCUUUUCCACUUGUUUUAAGAGUGAUUUGAAUCUACUCAUGCUUUUCUUAUUGUGUUGGGCUUGGGUGUAAUCAUCAUAACUCUUUCAUACAGAUCUCUUACUGAACUUCAUUUAUAUAUAUUUUCAAACAGGUGAGAAGGAUAAUGGAAGGAAACCAUCGAAUGGGAAUGGUAUAACGGAGCUAAAAGCUGCGCCGAUUUUCACCCGCUUGUUCCGAGAUUACCCCUGCCGUCAAAAGCAUCUGACGGAUCUGCACUGGUUCCUCUGUUAGCGUUACAAGUAACACUAUUCCCAAACGUCGGGGUUUGCAUCGGCGUGACCAAUCAUCACGUCGUCGGUGACGGAAAAACCAUCUUCGGUUUCAUGAAGACGUGGGCUUUCUUUUCCGGCGACAGAGACCAAAAAGUCAAACCUGAUUCUCUACCGUUUUUCGAUAGAACAGAGCUCAAAGAAGGGAAAGGAAAACUAGAAACCAUUUUCUGGGAAAAUCUGAAGAAUCUUAAGAUCGAGGAUACCCAUGUUGACCAGCUUCCAACGUUCAAAAACAAGGUUCGUUCCACGUUUUCUCUGACACGUGGCGACCUCCAAAGACUCAAGAGCCACGUCAUGGCACGACGUCGGGGACUUUCACAUGUGACAUCCUUCACGGUGACGUGUUCGUACGUUUGGAAUUGCGUGAUACGGUCUCGCCACGUGGCGGGCGUGUACGCUAAUGACGAUGAAGAUGAGCUGUUUGGUUGUACGGCGGAUUGUAGGGCGCGUUUGGAUCCGCCGUUGCCGGAGAACUACUUCGGGAAUUGCAUCACGGUUUGUUAUGGAUAUGCGAAGGUUAAGGAGCAUGUGGGUGAGGAUGGGUUGGCGGCGGCGGCGGCGGUCGGAGAAAGCAUACGUGGCCAGCUGUACAAUAAGCACAAAGAUGGAGUCCUGAAAGGAGCUGAAGAUUGGUUUACGCUGCUCUCCACGAUUAAUAUGGACCGGACGUUGAGUCUAGCUGGGUCCCCCAAGUUUGACUAUUAUGGGUUAGAUUUUGGAUGGGGGAAGCCUAGAAAGCUUGAGAUUCCAUCGAUAGAUAUAACAGGGACCAUUUCUCUCAGUGGAAGCAAGGACGAGGAAGGUGCAAUUGAGAUUGGUCUGGCAUUGCCCCAGGGACGGAUCCAGAAUUCUGAGUCAAGGGGGACAAAAUUUUUCGUUAGUGUAGCGAGGUGAAUUUUUUUUCCCUAGUAUAGCGGAGCGAAAUUUUUUCGCUUCUGUAGGGCUAUGCAGCUAUUUUUAUUCAAAAAAUGAUAUUAAUUCAUGCACAUCCUGAACGACAUUUAAAUCUAUUACAUUCUAAGUUUAGGCGAUGACAAAGACAUCAACCAAUACAUUUUUAAUAACUUCUACAUUGUUUAACCUCAUGAAUCGGUUAUUGAAUUGUAAUUUUUGUCCACCAAAGAGGGUGUUCGUGAG